AUGCUCAAUGUCAAGGGCUUUCGUGGUGUCUGUUGGGGAGUGAGGUCCUUUCCCGCCUUCGCCCAUGAUCCAUCUAGCUUCAGCUUGUAUUCAUCUCCUCUGAGUCCAUCCUGCCAUUCUCCUCAUGAGUUUCUUUGGUCUUUAUUGAGAGAAGAAGGUGGAAAUUUUCAAAUUGAGAGAAGAGUAGGAAUGGAACUGAUAAGAGUGAGAGAAUCAAACUGUCAAAGCACAGACUUUUCAAAGAAGCUGUUUUUAUUUCUCAAUGGCAAAUUGCCCUUUCUGCAAUGUUCUGGAGAUGAUGUGUCAUGGAUCCCCCCAACCAGUCUCUUGUUCGGAUGA